GAUUGGGCGGUGGACAUGGAUUCGCCCUCAGAGAGCGAGGGGCAGCACGAGGAGGGCUCCUGUGCGAGCCCGAGCCUGGCCUCCUGGGCGCUGGUGGGAGACCUAGCAGAGAGCUCGGAGGCUCUCGAGUGGUCGCUGAUCGACGGCGCAUCUCCCCAGGAGCCGGGCAGCGAUGAGUUGGAGGCGAUGCUGCAGAAGGUGGUGGGGCCGCUGAAGCUGAAUGGAAUGGACUACUCGCAGAUCAGCUUCCUCAUGGGUGAGUGGGUGGACUCUCUCGGCCAUUUCGUGAAGGUCGUCGCCACGGGCGAGAACAGCGCUCGGGCUUGCAUCUCCUGGGACCACUCUGGACAAUACCUUGCCAACCUCUGGAAAGCCACCCUCAAGGUUCAGCGCGACGAGGAGGGUCAUUGGACAUGUGGCAAUGGACGUUUGACAUCGGCGUCCCUGGGCCGCCUCUGCUGGCAGCGCACUGGUGGCGAAUGCACUGAGUGGAUUCGACGAUUUCCGGCCUCCUCUGCAUUCCUUUCUGCAUACGUGAC